AGUAGCUGGAGAUCCUUUCUAUAGAGGAAGCUUGUGAGUACUAGUCGGGAUCAUGAUGUCAAGACGUCGUAGUGUCCUUGUUAUGCUACUUGGGGCUUUGCUGAUUGGCGCUUGUCAAGCGCAGAUCAAAGCCGGUUGCAAGCUCGAGACCCUCCGGGCUUGCGGAGACGACUUCGUGCCUUACGGAAAGGCGACGCACCUGCUGUCUUCAGGAGAACAGUUCCAAAGGGCAUGCACGACCAAGAAACAGCAGAUCGCGUGCAGUAUAAAGUUCGUCCACGACUGCAUGGAAGGCGUGACGAAGGCUGCUGCUUUGGUGAUUCUCGAUGGUUUCAAAGAAAACCUGGAUGGUGCCUGCGACGAGGCUUCGAAACACCAUGAGGCGUUCGAGAAAGCCGUUGGCUGCAUGAACUCUGUUGGCACUAAGCUCAACUCAUGCUGGAGGACAUUCCGAGGAGAAGUGCAGAGAGCUGUGGCCAAAGCAUCCACCAAAGACGUAAUCUUCUACGCAUGCUGCUCGUACCAUGAAUUGGUGAACUGUGCCGACCAGUCGCUGACGCCGUGUGAAAGCAGCGGUGGAAAACGCUUGUCUCUCAACUUGCUCCAAGCAGCGUUCGGAGACGCGGUGGAUCUAUUGUGCGGCGAACACAAGAAGGGAUCCCAGGCCUGCAAGGCACUUCCCGAACUGCCCGCCCUGGAUGCAAACGACCGAAAGGUUGAAAACUACGUGGAGCUUUUGGCCGCAGCUGCCAGCACAAUCGGCCGAAAGAACUAGGGAGCGAUGUGCUGAUCCUCAGUUUUUCCCCUGAAAGUAUCCUAUAUAUAUAUGUAUACAUGAAAGUAUCCUAUAUAUAUAUAUGUAUACAUACGAGAGACGCAUAUUCACACACAACCGGGAAAUUGUGAAUAAAGGAAUGAACGUCGUUUCCAAACCGGGUAAAUAUAUCACUUGGAAGGUAAUGCGUCUGAUAACCCUCGUGCAAGAUUUCACACAUGCUAAAUUGUUCAAAAGAUUUUUGAAACAUUCUGUACUAAGAACAUACCAGUACUCCCC